CUCAUCGAGAAAACCAUUACAAAAUUUUGCAAAGUUUAGGACGCGAUUUUUACUAGUUUUCUUAGCUAAAUCAUCCAUCUUGUCAGUCUUAGCAACUUAACACAUAAGCUUUGUAAAAGUUAGUAUUUUGUUUCGGAUAGGUUAGGUAAUUAUGGAAAAUAUUGCGAAAAAGAAGUUCGCAUAUGAUCAUGCAUCGUCCUACAAGUCUCGUGGAAGAUUGGGAAUCUCCAAUCGGAACGUCCGUGCUCAGCGUGCGAGCGAAAAUCGACACCAAACCAGAAUGGAUGAAUUGUCCAAAAGAAGAAGAAUGCCUUUAUCUCCCCUGGCCGAUGAAAACGUGAUUGAUAAUAGCAGUGCAGCGAAAAGCACGAGUGGUGAGCUUCAAGCUAGUACAUGUAAUAAUAACGACAAUCGUUGAGCGUUCUUAUUUACUAGUGUUAGUUCUCUAUUUUCAUGUAGCUCUCGUAUAAACUUACUUAUCAUUUACAUACUACAAUUCACAAAGGUCUUCCAUCACUGUGAAUGUUAAGAUGUUAACUUGAAAAAGCUUAUUGUGCAAAUUCCAACAAAUUUAAGGUCAUCAUACUCGACGAAAAUUUAGGUUUUGAAAAAGAUGUGCAAGAUCAAAAAAAGAUACUGCAGUGAUUUUAUUGAUGCUGAUUAGACUUUUUCUACAAAUUGCAUUUAUAAUUAUUCAUUAAUGAGGUUCAAUUUUAUCUUUGGUUUAAAUUUUAUUUUCCUGUGUACUUUCACACUCGUUUACAUGCAUUACCAUAACCAAAAACAAAGGAAAAUAAAAUCAAAACUAAGGAUAAAAUCAAACUACAACAUCUAAGCCUACCUGUAAACACUAGUACAGCAGAGUGAGAUGCAUGCAUGCAAAUGUGCUUUGGCACCCAGUAGUAGUGUAACAGGGUGCAAUGCAAGCGCUGUAGUUUAUGUAAAAUUGCAAGCACUCAGCCCAGGCUUAUUUACCAAUGAUCUUGUUUAGAUAAACAAAAGGACAACACUACUCAACCAGAGCUUAGCAGAAGAGAAAAAUUAAUGAAGUGGAGAGAAGAACGAAAACUUAAGAAAGGAAGCGAAACUCAUCAGAAGAAGUCUUUUGUGGUUCGUCAUGUACAAUAUGACAAGGAUGCUAACUUGUUUGCCAGUGCAAUUAAGAAAGCUACAAAGGGUGGUCCAUUGAUUAAGCCUAGCCAGUUUGUGACACAAGAAGAAAAAGCAGUUAAACGAGUAACAAGAGCUUCAGCAAGAAUUGCAAAACAAGCGUCAUCAAACCCUCCAUCUGAGCCGAACAGGCAUGGUGCUAAAAAGGCAGCUCCCAAAUCUAAAGCCGUAGCUAAUGGUAAAAUAAAGGAAAAGGUUAGUUGAAAUGUACAAAUUAAGUAUUUCUGUAACAAUUACCCUAAAGAGGUUUCAAAAUUUUUUUGUCCCUGGGUUUGCCAGUGAGAAAGAUGAAGCUAAUCCUUUGUCCGGAUUAGAUAAAAGGCUGUGCUCUAAGGAAAAUUGAAGGGAGCAGAGCUGAAAGAAACCAGGAUGGAUGAAAGUAAGAUUCUUGGUUUGCCUCAAAGAAAAUGGCUCUUGUUCAGUGUGGUCUACAAGAAAAUGCUUGUUCAGUCUAGAAGACUGGAAAUUGGCCUUGUGCUUUUAUCUGCACCUUUAAUUGACCAUGACUUUGUGGGAAAAAAUAGUUGGCCAAUAUCCAUCCAUCUCAACCUCAUGCUUGAUCAAUAGUGCAUGUCAUACCAAAUAAAUUACUAAGCCCUCUGGUCACAAAGGGAGAUUCACCUUACUUACGGCAGACUGAAAACUUCAAAGCUUUAACACUAUUGAAUAUAAUUUCCUGGUUGUAUUAUGGUGGAUCUGCCCAGUAGCCUAUUAAUUGUAAGAGUUUCAUUAGCACUCAUACAUGGUUAUCCUGUAUAAUAGGUUGAAGUGAAACCAGAAAAGACUGCGAGUACCAGAGUUACAAGACAGAGUGUGCGAGCAAAUAAACCUUCAAAGGGCAAAGGUGUUGAAGAGCCAUCUAAACCCAAUCAAGGUACAUUGUUUGUUGUACACUGAAAUUAUAAUUCUAGCUCAAGCCACAAGGGGUAUUAACUAACAAGGGACAGUCAGGUUGGAAUGACUUGAUCAUUUUUAACAAUAUUUUUUUGCUUUGGCUUCAGAUUCAAAGAACCAAGUAAAGACCAGAUCACAAGCUAAGGAAUCAAAAGACCUGCCUCAGAGUGAGACUUGUCCCUCCAAUCCUAAUAUAGAAGUAGGGGAAAAUCCAUCAAAUUGUGGAAAAGCAAAUUUUCCUGCACUGGAAGCCAUAAAGAAUACUGUAUCACUUGGAAGAGGGAGCACUGAAGGUGUGGAAAGAGGCCAGACAGGUUUGGGGUCUAAUAAUGAAGCUUCAUCAUUUGCUCCUGCAGACUUCAAGUUCCGCGCUCCCAGUGGUAUCAACACUUUCACCUAUUAUUCUAAAACUUUCAAGUUUCAGCCUCUUAGUCCAAACAGCGCUGCAGAAUUCAUGUUUCCAACAUCAGCAUCUUCAUUCUUUAGUCCCAAGAAACCAGCUGAGAAGAAGGAGAAUUUCUUUGUGGAAGACCCUGUUGUUGCCUUCAAUAAAUCCAUUACAUCAAUGGAGAAUAAGAAAGAGGACAGUGCAAACACCAGUACCAAAACAGAAAUCUGCCCUGUUGAAAACAUGGACGCAUGUGGUGGACCUACCUUUGAUCAAACUCAAACUGAUGUCUCACAAGGUGACAAUGCUGUAUGUUCAAGUAGCGAAGUUAAUGUAGAGGCUCCUGAUAAACCUGAUCGUGAAGUGGUGGGUGAAAUGGUUUUAGGAAUGGAGGAUGGUGAUGUUACAGAGACUCAGGGUACUGGAGAUGAGCAGCAUGAUGCUAAGUACUUCAGGAAUCUUGUGAAAAAAGAAACUGACGGGCUGAAUGAGAUCUGUGCAAAGUGGGAGAAAAUCAGUGCUGAGGAAGAAAAUCUUAGUGAAGAAGGUAUGGUCAGGUUUCUGCUUUAGUAUGAUAUGGAAUGUCCUGCAAGGCUGUGCUCUAGCAGCACCCGGUGGCCCCUGGCACCUAAAUUUUGCUCUCGGGUGACUAGACAAUCAUAGUUUUGUCAUAGCAAUCAUUUUUUGAGCACCCUGGAUUUUACAGGUUCAGAGCACCAGGGUUCUUUUCACUGUUUUUCUUAGUUCACAGCCUUGUCCGUAAAAAUUACUUAUUUACAGAUAAUAUUAGAGUCGUAUGAUCUGCCACUUUCAUAUUUCCCACAAUACUCCUAAUGUUAUGCCCAGAAGAAAUCAAAAACAACUCUUAUGCAUACUUUGGGGGGCGGGGGGGUAGGUAAAUGAGGUGUAUUAUGGGAAAUGCAAAAGUUGGCAAAUUUGCUAAAUGUAGAUGAUCCUGUUUCUUGUCUCAUUAGAGCACCGGCUCACCACAUGCUUUCUAUCCCUAUACCCCUUUAAAUGGGUUCCUCUUAAAAAGCCUUUCAAGGGGGGACAUUUUGCUCUGAGUUUCAAUUUUUUUGACACAGUUCUUUGUCAGACCCCCCUGAUGUAAAUCCAGCCCUGACGCUCCAAUAAUGAUCAAGUGUAGCUUUUCACAUCCACCCUCACUUGCUUAUUAAGAAAAAAGACAAAAGGAGGCUUGCAAUGUGUUCACAUCUGAAUUCCUGUACUUUAUUUAUUAUAGUAUCUGGACAGAUAAGAACCACAAUUGGUCAAGCACAGCUGUUGAUUGAUCAGAGGUUCCGUCAAUUUUCUGGUCUCGUUGACUUGAGUGAGGUACACUAUAAUUUUAGUCUUAAUAGUAUUUAAUGAAGGCAAGGUUUACCGUUAUAUGCUUAUUUUCAUUUUCAAUGAAUCUUGUCCAUGAUUUCUUGACAUAUUUUCUCUCAAGUACGGAAGAGUCAUAAAGAUAAUUCUUAUUAUCAAUUUCCUUCUUCUGUAGGAUAAAAAUGCUGAGAAGCAAGCAACUGCUUCAGACCUUCAGGGAUUCUGGGAGAUGAUCUAUUUUCAGGUAUACAAUUCUAACAUGUAUAUGCUUUAUACGAGAGCUUCUACUGUAGAUGACAACAAAUGACUGGGGAUACGGUUACAGCACACUAACAGGGGUUGAAGCGAUCAGGGACUCUGCUAAGUUUUUUCCCUCUCUACUAAGGUUGAAGAUGUGAAUGCUAAAUUUGAUGCCUUGGAAAAAUUAAAAGAGAACAACUGGCAAGAAGAGGAGAAGAAAAGAAAGAAGGUCGUGAGAAAGAUCAAGGCCAAGGUAAGUUGCAUCAGUGAUUGUAUCAGUACGGAAAUAGCUACAGUAGGACAUUCAGGGGGCUUCUUACAGAACGUCUAGAUAUGUUAAGGUAAUUGAAGGAGAAGAAGCAAGAGCCCUUGUAAAAUGUGAUGUCACUUGUUAUACUAAGAACAGUUUCAUAUUUGCUUCAGAAACCAACAGCAGGAGAAGAAACCAAAACCAAUAGCAAAGUUACUGCUGCAAGGAACAGAAUUCAGGAAAUGAGACUUGCAAUGAAAGCCAAGAUGGCCGCGGACAAGGAAAAGCUGAAAGCCGAGAAACGACACCAAGAGGUUUGUGUGUGACGACGUUUUGCCCAAAGUCACCUUUCUGCAGGCUCAUUGUGGUCACUCUCAUGAGUGCUCAUUCUAACAAUUCAAACAAACGCGCGAGGGUAUGUGCUUCCCCUACCUCUUGGACAAUCGGUGUUCUCCUCUGCGAUGGGAAUAUUUCCAGCUAACGCAAUUUGAAAUCAACUGGUCGUUUCUCCCUUUUCAACAUUUCCCAAGCCGGAUCAUAUAAUGAUGAUCUUUGAACGUCUCCUUUCAGUAUGGUCGAGAGAGAAUGCAGUACCUCGUUCUCUCUUUGUAUGGUACACCUCCAUGAAGGGAGACAAACCCGAGUUAUUCCCGAACUUUUAGGGAAAGAGAGCUUAGACUGAGAUAAUUUAUUGUUAGGCUUGGUGACAAACGUAACUCCCUGAGCUGCGGUUCUUCAAAAAGGAGCUUAAACCAGUAAAGUAGCAGGCCAGAUAACAGCCAUAGCCACAGACUACUUUCAUAUUCCCGGCGAUAUAAAGUUACAUUUGAUAUAUUCCCUUACAGAAGCCUUUAAGCCAAACUUUAAGUUCACUACUGAUAUGGUCUAUUUAGGAGUAACUGGCUUUCCACGAGGGUUACAAAAACUAGAGAUUUUUACAUUUUUUAGGAAGAGGCCUUUAUUACUAUUCUUACGCCAGUGAAAAAGAGCAAGAAAAAUCAUGGUAAGUUGCACUAGCCUAGUCUUGGGCGAGCGAAACGCGCUAUCGAGCGGCGAAUGUCGCUUCACCUCCCGCGUGCCGCUUGCGCGUGUACUUUUCACGUUAUCCACAAAUGGAGAGCUUUCUCGCAGUCUAAACAAAAUCUUGGAAUUGACGUUUAACUGCAAGUAGAUUUUAUGAUGUGCUAAGGUGGGAGGAGGAGAUAUCUUGAGACUGGACAAGUCUUCCGAAGCAGGAGUGACAGUUUAUAUUCUGACUAACGCAUCAGUCAAUUCCACCUGCGCCCAGGCCCCCCCGGGCUGACCCCCGGGAAUUAGCAUUUUUUUUGCCUUGGAUGGCAAAUUUCCGGGGGUGGGGACUCUUGAGCUGGCAAAUCCCCCGGGGUGGGGAAGAAAAAAGAGGGCAAAUGCCCCGUCCUCUGUCAACAGUGCAACAUUUUUUAUUGAUCGCACAGUCCAAUAGUGUAAUUUUAAAGUGCGAUUUUUUGUUUCAAUUAACGUCUUCCUUUGCAAUAGCGCUAGGAUUCUAAUUAAGACUUCCCGCCGCGACGACAUGCACCAGUUUAUGGUUUUAGUAUUGACAUAAAAUUUUUGACAUUAAAAUUAAUAGAGCGCUGUAAAGUUAUAUGUUAUGAAUAGAUUUAUAAAUAUGAAAGGGUGUUCUUCAAAUAAUAUCAACAGAAAUUUGAUUCAAUAACCAAAAAACGUUGAUUCACAUCGAUAGCUCCAAUUUCGCUAUGUAAUUCUGGCUUGAUAAGCAAUGAAUAAAUGCAUACAUACAUGUAAAAUCGAGAACAUGCCUUUACAACCCUCUACAAUUUAUUCCUGUCCUUGACAGAUGAGCCAAUAUGCUUUUUUCCAGUAAAACCUUCUGUGUAGUUAUAUUCAGAUAGGAAACCGCGUGCGUGUCAAAAGCACGGGAAUGGCCCGGGGGUUGGCAAAUGUCCGGCCCCCGGGAAGUGCAAAAUUUGCAAACGCCCCACCUUCGGGACUGACAAGGCGGGCAAAUGCCCCGCAGUAGCCGGGGGCUGGGCGCAGGUUGAAUUGACUGAUGCAUAAAUAAAUGACGGUUCUUUUGAACAUUUUUCUUGCAGACGGCUUUGAUGAGGUUGUGUUAACUCCAGUUCGUCGAUCCAUUCGUAAUACUCCACAGAAACGAACAGCACUUAGGAACACCCCUGUUAUCGUGUCCACACCUAAAAUAAUCAGCGAGGACAGUCCAGGGCUAAGACUUACACCCGACAACGUUAAUAUACCUAGUGAUAUGACUGACAUUGGAUCUAGUGUGGGGGCUGAAGGAACUCGCGAGGAGGCCACGCGCAGUGAAACUAGCGAGGAAGAUGUCCCACAAGAUGGAAUGGAACAGAAUGAAAUAAAAUUCGAGCAAGAGGCACCCGUGGUUUUGAAAUCAGCUUGCAAAUCUACCUUGAGCAAAUCGGGAAAAACACCUGGUAGAGUUACUUUUCAAUCACCAGCAGGGAUUGGAGACCAACAGAGGACUCCCGAAUGUAAAGAGGAUGCAGUGGUUACACCUGAUAGCCAGUCGAUACAGGUAGACUCGCCAGCUCUCUCUACUCCAGUAGAGACAGAAGCGUCGAGUCGAAAAAUGUCCUCAUCUAAACGUUUUUCGGGAAGGAAGUGCCGUGGUCGAGUAAGUACACCGUAUUACCAAAACGGAACUAGGAGAAGGGUGUCUAAAGUGGAUGAGGAUGUCAACAGUCAGAGUGAACAGAGUGAAGGCCAAACCUCGUCUGAUUCUGAUGGUGCUGAUGCAAAAUCAGCAGAGAGCUGUCCUCGUUCGGGCUUAAGAAGAUCUACGCGCAGAACCCCUUCCAAAUAUCGCGAUAUCAAUGCAUUACAACCUACAGAAGCUGAAGGAGCAAAGGUGAGUGAGAGAGAAAUGAGCUUUGCGAAAGUCACGAAAAAAAGUUGGAAUUUUAGCGAUAGCAUAGCCUUUACAGUACAUUUGAAGGUCUUUUAACGGACACUCUCGUAAGCGGACAGUGCUACUUACGGCCACCUUCAUUAAACCCCGUUUCAACUCUUAUACAAACUCUGUAUUUUACAUUCCCGUAAGCGGACAAUCCAGUAGGCGGCCGCGGACACUUUCACUGUAUAUUAAAACUCCAUCUAGGAAAAUUGGCUGCGAGAUUAAGGGUAAUGUUUACGUAUCCUUACGUCCGUGAAAUCCAUGUUGAACGUGUUUUGCUCCUUACUGCACCGCACAAGCCAGCCCAGGACAGUAAACAUCGAGGAGUUUUAUAAUGCUGUUUUUUGAAACAUUCUUUUUUUUUAAGCAGACUCCGGCUAAUAUUUCUGUCAAGUUGUUCCACGCCACUGAAGAAUCUUCAUCACAGGUCGAGAAUAUGGAUAUACCUAAAAAAGUAAGAUAUCCCAGUUGUGUGUUUUUUCUAUCAUGUCAUCACUAGGGGAAAACGUUAGCUAUUUUGAGAACCAUGCAAAGUUCUCACAAAGACUUUUUUUCAUUCGAAAGAUCACACUGUAGGAUUUCCUCAACAGAAGCAAAGGUUACAACUUAGUAUCAUGGUUUAAUGCUAGAGGGUUGGAAAAAGAGUCAGUUUUAUGCUUAAAUAUUGUCGAGCACUUACUAGCUUAUCGUCAUAUUCUUGUCUACAGGAUACCCAACAGGACCUGUUUUCUAAAUAUCUUUGCCCGUCUUCGUCUGAUGAAGACGAGUGCGCAAACAAAUCAGAGUCUUCAAACCACAUGGCUGGUAAGAUAUAAAAUUUGUACAGUUGUGUGAAACUUUGCACUUGCCGACAAUAUUCCUGCAGGACCAUCCUCAUGUCACUCAGUAAUAACUGAACAGAAUCAGUAUCUUUUCUUAUGCUACAAAACCUUAUAGGAGUAUUAAACAAAUUCAGUUCGAUCACGUUACUAAAUAAACGGGCUGUUAAGUUCAACAAAAGGAUUAUAGUUUCAGCCUAAAGAAAGUUAGGUGAGAGAACUCAUAAGGUGACAUUUGUAAUGCUCUCGGUUUAUCUCAAAACGUAUCGCUUGUUUUUAAAUUUAGAAAUCUAUUUACUUUUCUUCACCAGUUUAUGGAUUUUUUAACUAUACACAACGUUGCUGUAUAUUGAUAUUUUAAACCUUUUAAUUGCAGAUAAUGUUUUCGAGACAGACGCAAAUUCUGCCGAUUACCUAAGAAAAGAAGUAACCUUCACGCCACCCGAAGAACCUGAAACCUUCACAACCAAUAAUGCGUCCAAAACAGGCAGGACACCCAUACACAUUGUCAAGUAUCUGUCAGAAACAGACACACCAACGCCAAAUUCCCGCCAAAUCACACCCAUGCCCAAGACUACAAUAUUUGUGUCACCAAAUGGGACCAGCGAGACUCCCGCGAUUAUGGACAGCUUAGGAAUGAUGUCACCGGAGAAUGUCGUCCGCCGAUUUCCCGCGCAGAGUGAGGCCUCGCCCGUGCUAUCGCUCGUCGAUGUGGCGGGAAAAGAGAGUCAAACCUCUGUGACGCCUUCCAGUCAACUGACUGCUUUUCAUCUUGAUUCACCGGUGAACAACGAGACAAGGCGAGACUCCGUUUUCUUUGCCCCGCUCCAAGGUGCGGGAGCUGUUAGGGCCCAAGAGAACCUGAUGUCAUUUUCACCUGUCGUGGAAGGAGAUUAA